AUGUAUCGGAAGUUGUCUAAGUUAGAACACUCGGAAAUAAAACAACUUCUUACAGAAGCUAAUAUAGAUGUUGCAAAGCAUUACGCAACAAACAAAAAAGCACUCGCUGACAUCCUCAAUGACUAUAAUGGUGCAAUAAGUUAUGAUAGAAUUCAUGAGUUCAUAAAGCCGCAACGCGGCGAGGACGAAGUCCAUGCAAGAGCAUUUCCUUUAAAUGACGUUGCUAUUGACUUAUAUCAUAGACGUUCAGUACCUCAUGAAGUAAGAAGAGAAAUGUUUGACAUAACAAAUGCAAACGUUGGUGAAACAAGAAGAAGAGACGACACACUGAAACAACAGAGAAGAGAGAUGUUUAAGAGCGCUAUAGAACAAGUUCGCAAAGCUAACGAUGUCCUUCGUUCCAUUGACGACAAACCAAAAGAAGGUGAGAGAUGGUUAAAGAAAGAUGAAGAGAAUAGGAAGAGGAAUGUUAAGACAGGCAAUAGACUCAUUGACUUUAACAUCGAAGCUUUAGAUGAACCAAAAAGAGACUACUUACACAAACAUUUCGGUAAGGUUUUCAUGAGACUCUUAGAGAAGAUUAAAAUAAACUCCCAACAAAGAUGGAUGGUAUGUUAUAAACUUGGUGGAAAGUAUGAAUGUUCUACGUUAAACCUCAAUAAUAUUGGAACAUUACUACAUCAGCUCUUGAAGGAGAACUUUAUAUCAGAGAUAGAAGCAAAUGCUGCAGGUAUUGUUGAAAUGCACUAUGACUUCUUCUUGACAAACAUAAA